AUGGACGAGCCGAACAGGAUCCUCCCCUUUGACUCACUUAAGCUAAUAGCUCAGGUUAACGCUGGGGAAAAUGCCCCCGUCACGCGUGAAUCGGCCGGCGACGUUCAAACCGAUUCCCUAGCAGCAGAAUCAUACAGAGCCGAUGGCGAAUUCGCCAAAAACCGCAAUGCUGAGCCCGGCGAUGUUUCCUCCAGAGCCAUUCCUCGCUCCCAUGCGGAUGACUCUACUGCCGAAUCCGCGCCGUCAUGUGUCAGCAGCCAACACGUUUCGGACAAGGGCGGCUCGCAUGGCAAGAAUCUGAAGGGAGGUGGUUUUGAUAACCAAGAUGUACAAGAUGGUGUCCAGAAAGCAUUCGCAUCCGAGCCCGGUUCCAUCAACGAUCCAGGCAGACUUGCAGAAGCCAAGUUUGAGCAGAGUGAAGCAGCAAAUCCGCGAGUGGCAACUAAUAGGGAUGUUGAUUUGAAAACUGGAACGGCAUAUGACGGGCUAGAUCCAGACGUGGACGCCUAG